AUGGAGACCCCUUACAUGUACCAUGUAGAGGACGAAGGUCUCUUUGUCCUCUCUAAAGUGAUGGAGAUAACGUGGGACAUAGAGAUCUACGUCCUCUGGUGCAUGGAAGUGGGUAUCAUCGACAAGCAGAAACGGUGCCCAAGCUGUGGAAGCCCCAUGAAAUCUUCCGUGCCUCGGAAACUUUGGCGGUGCUCGCGCAGGGACGAAGAUCAUGUCUGA